AGGAACCGAGCGCCAGAUGGACGCGAGAGGAGAGGAAAAGACUCGGCCUGCUGUGUUUCCUGGAAAGACAUUCUCAAAGCAAGACUCGAUGUCUUCUAUGGAAAGAGAAGAACCAAUUCUCCCGGCCUCUGGGGAAGGAGAGAGAUUGGCAGAUGAUGGGCAGAAUAAUGGGAAUUCUAUGCUAUCGUCCGAAAUUCCUGCAGCUGAAGAAGGAAAAGAGAUGGUUGCAGAUGAAAGUGAACUUAAGAAGCACAGAGAAGAGAAAUCCUCACCGUCUCCGGAGGUUAAUGCCCAUGAACCCCAAAUCCUGCAGGAAGAUGGACAAGGAAACAGCCAGAAAAUAUGCCCUGUGUGUGGAAAGAUAUUUAGAUACGAAUCAAACUUAAAUAGGCAUUGCAGAAGCCACACGGGGGAGAAGCCAUUUAAGUGCACUGAGUGUGGAAAGAGCUUGAGCUCAAAUUGGAGCCUUCUUACACAUCUAAGAACCCACAGAGGGGUGAAACCAUUUAAAUGUGUAGACUGUGGAAAGAGUUUCAGUGAGAGCAGUACCCUCCUUACACAUACGAGAACACACACUGGGGAGAAACCAUUUAAAUGCAUGGAAUGUGGGAAAACCUUCAGUAGGAACACUCACCUUACUUCCCAUCAGAGAACUCACACGGGGGAGAAACCUUUUAAAUGCAUGGAGUGUGGAAAGAGCUAUACUGAUAGUAGUGGCCUUACUCAACAUCAAAGAACCCACACAGGAGAAAAACCAUUUAAAUGUACAGAGUGCGGAAAGGGUUUCAAGCAGCCCAACCACCUUACUAUACAUUACAGAACACACACCGGGGAGAAGCCAUUGAAAUGCAUGGAAUGCGGGAAGAGAUUCAGCCAGCUCAUUAACCUGACUUCACAUCAAAGAAUACACACAGGGGAUAAACCAUUUAAAUGUACAGAGUGCGGAAAGGGUUUCAAGCAGCCCAACCACCUUACUAUACAUUACAGAACACACACCGGGGAGAAGCCAUUCAAAUGCAUGGAAUGCGGGAAGAGAUUUAGCCAGCUCAUUAACCUGACUUCACAUCAAAGAAUACACACAGGGGAUAAACCCUUUCAGUGCAUGGAAUGUGGGAAGAGCUUCACUGAUAGUAGCGGCCUUGCUCAACAUCAGAGAACUCACACAGGGGAGAAGCCAUUUAGAUGUACCGCGUGCGGGAAAGGCUUCCAACGUCCCAGUCGCCUUAUUCUACAUUACAGAACCCACACCGGGGAGAAGCCAUUUAAAUGCCUGGAAUGUGGGAAGAGCUUCAGCCAGUCUGGUCACCUUACUAUACAUCAGACAACACACACACGGGGGAAACCAUUUGAGUGUACGAAAUGUGGGAAGCGCUUCAGGAAGAAUGGAAGCCUUGCUUUGCACCACCAGACGCACACAGGAGGAACCAUUUAGUUGCAUGGAAUGUGUGAAAAACUACUGUAAUCUCACUCAGCUUACCUCACAUUACAUUAGAGAACACACUGGGGAGAAACCAUUUAGAAACGGGGAAUGUGGGAGAAAGUUUAUUUACAGGAAUAGACUGCAUACAAUAACACCCACUGGAGAGGAACCCUUUAAAUGCUUCAUGCGUGGAAAGAACUUUUGUGACAGCAUCAGUUUCAUUCCUUGAGGCCUUUUUUUGCCCUUGGCAACAUUCAACGUCCCCCCGCCCAUCCCUCUUGCUCCCUUCCCAAAGCCAGGUAAACAAGGUGCUGGGCUUUGGGAAGGAGGCAUGAAGGCUCUGAGGGGGUCCUAAAGUCUUCCCACCUGUCAGGGUGCAGUCAGCAGCUCCUGGCCCAGGAAAGUAUAAAGACAAGAAAAAAAUUCUUACAGUCCUUUCCCCUCCCU